CGAAGCACCAUAUAUAAAAACAUCUCAGAUAGCUAGAGGGAGAGUGAUGAAGGUAGCAACAAUGGCGGCCGAGGCUCAGCAAUUGACCGUUCCCACCGAGGCGGAGCUUCUGCAGGGGCAGGCCGACCUUUGGCGCCACAGCCUCUACUACAUGACCUCCAUGGCAUUCCAGUGCGCCGUCAAGCUCGGCGUCCCGACCACCAUCCACAGCCUGGGUGGCGCGGCAUCGCUGCCUGAUCUGGUCACCGCACUGUCCCUUCCACCCGCCAAACUGCCUUACCUCCGUCGCAUCAUGCGGCUGCUGGCCACGUCCGGCGUCUUCGCCGCCGACAACGCCGCCGACGUGGUCACCUACUACCGCCUGACCCCCCUGUCCUGGCUCCUCCUUGACGGCGUCGCCGUAGAUGGCCACCCAAGCCAAACCUCCAUUGUGCUUGCCGCAACCUCGAGGCACUGCCUUGAGGCUGCCAUGGGGCUCUCCGACUGGUUCCAGAAGGACGUCGUGGCGUCGCCGUUCGAGGAUCUCCAUGGUGUGACCCUCUUCGACGAGAGCAUGGCGAAACAUGACCCUGAGGUCGACGCCGUGUUCAACGAAGCCCUGGCGUCCCAUGAUAAUUCCGGGUUCCUCACGGUCUUGCGGGAGUGCGGCGCCCUCUUCCAGGGGCUGGAGUCCCUGACCGACUGCUGUGGCGGCGACGGCACGACCGCAAGGGCCAUCGUGGAGGCCUUUCCGCAAAUCAAGUGCACCGUGCUCGACCUUCCGCGGGUGAUCGACAAUGUCCCUGCCCACGGUGUCGUUAACUACCUGGCCGGUGACAUGUUCAAGUCCGUCCCACCUGCUCAGGCUGUGUUGAUCAAGCUUGUGCUGCACCACUGGAGUGAUGAGGACUGCAUGAAGAUCCUUGCUCAAUGCAAGAAGGCCAUCCCUUCGCGGGAAGAGGGAGGGAAAGUGAUUGUGAUCGACAUAGUUGUAGACUCUUCUUCGGGACCAACGCACGAAGCAGAGCUCCUGAUGGAUGUAGCCAUGAUGGUGAUGACCAAUGGCCGGCAGCGAGAUGAAACUGACUGGAGCGAGAUAUUCACCAAGGCAGGAUUCAGUGACUACAAACUUGUGAAGAAACUGGGAGCUCGAGGUGUCUUUGAGGUCUACCCGUGAGACAGGCCCAAAAAUACGUAUUAUAAUUUGUGGUUUGGUUCAGAAGAUGUGCUCUAUGGGGACUGUCUUACUUUGUCAGGUACGUUUCAAGGAGGAUACAAGGUACGAGCGAGCAUAUGGAGUGUUAUGCAUAUGGGUGUCAUGCAUUCUUGGUAACUUUCCGAUCGGUAAAAUUUUCAUUCGAUUAAGUACGAAAGCACUCGGUAUGCUUUUCCGUGUAUCAUGUACACGGUUACUACAACCAGAAUGUGAUGUUUGUUGAUGUCGAUACCAUGUAAUACUCAAUUGUCGCAUGUAAACUAUCACUUAUGAUGUCUAAUAUGUCAAGUUUGUGUUGAAUACAUGUAUAUAUUGGAGUAAUCCAAAUGUAUUUGGAUAGGAGUUGGGUCGUUUUCCCACACCA